AUGGGUCGAGUCGUCCUCAGCAGCCUUUUGGAUGAGGCCGAAAGCAGAUCCAAAGGGAAGGUCCGGGAAAUUGCCUUCCCAGUCUCCGAGGCUGCAGCGCAGCUGGCGAAAUUGAGAGCGCAAGAGAAGAAACUUCUGGAGGUUGAUGGAACGGAGGUGUCCGACUCCCAAGUUGCGGAGCUGUCGGCGAAGUUGAGAAACCUGGAGAAGACCCGGAAAGAACUGCUGGUUCAAGGCAUCUCGCCCCCUGUGCGCUUCUUCAUGGAAACGGUUCUGGAUGGCGGCCUUACACAUGCGGUGGUGGCGGAAUUGGGUCAAUGCUUGGCUUCAUGGAGGAAGCCCCGUCUCCAGCCCCUGAUCCGCCAACGACGGGACUUGCUGGAGAAGAGGCUCCAACUUCAUCAGGACCUGCGGGAUCAAAAUCCAGCCCAGGUGCAGAAGGAGCUGGACGCCUUGUCGAAGCGCUUGGGGGAGACCGAACAGGCUUCUGAGCAGCUCAGCAUCACCUUGGACACCUUUUGGGAAGAGGUAGCGGCCAUCAGCGACCUGAGCCAAGAGAUGCAAGGUCUGGGUCUGCGCAUUCCACACGAGCUGCCAGACACUCGAACUCUGAAGAGUCUCUAUGCACAAUGGGCCUGGACGCUGAACUGCCCGGUGCAGUUGCUCUUUGGAUCGCCUCUGCAAUGUGCUGGCCAGUUCUUGGUGGAGGUGCUCAAGGACCUGGGAAGUCAGUACCACCGGGAACUCUUCGUGGUUUCGGUCAUCGGCAUCCAGAGUUCGGCCAAGAGUACCUUGAUGAAUUUCCUCUUCGGUUGCGGCUUCGCAACCUCGGCUGGGCGAUGCACUCGAGGUCUCUAUUGCUCUCUCAUGGAGUGCGAGAAAAGGACGCUGUUGAUUCUUGACACGGAAGGUCUCAUGAGUUUGGAAGCCGAAGGUGGUGGAAUCUUUGACGCUCAGCUGGCGCUGAUGGCCAUGGCUUGUUCACACCUGGUGAUCAUCAACCACAAGGGCGAGCUGUCGCGACAGCUACAAGAUCUCCUGGAGGUUUGCCUUUUCGCCAUGCAGCACCUUAAGGUGUGUCGCAUCCAGCCCAAGUUGCUCUUCGUACUCAGGGACCAGCACGACCGGUCACAGGCGGUCCACGGGGACGCACUGCGGCUGAUGCGCAAACACCUGGCCGAAGCGUCCUUGCAACUGGCCUUGCGCCUGGACGAACUCAUUUCACUGGAUCCUGGCAGUGUUUUCCUGCUUCCUUCAGCCUUUGCCAGCGACCUGGACCAUACUGGCCGGGAGGUGCGUUGGUCCACGGAGCUCUUCGCACAGGAAGCCAUGCAGCUUCGGCGGAAGAUCUUUAAAGAGGCAGAUCAGUUGCAGAACUGCGAGUCGGCACCGGAGUUUUCCACCCUGCCCGAUUGGUGCCUCCAUGCGAUGUCUGUUUGGCGCGUUUUGGAUAGAUAUGGUCCAAAUCUGCUCCAUUACAAGACCAUCCAAGAGAUCGAACUGCAACGCGAGUUAGAGGACUCCGCCAAGCAGAUCUCCUCCGCCUUGGUCCGGGGCAAGGGCGGCCUGGCGGAGGAAUGCCAGACCUUGUUGGAGAGCUUCAAGCAACGCCUCAGUGAGGGCCAGAGUGGUGAGAAGGUCGAUGCCGAAUUCAGGUCGUCGCUACAAGCGAUCCUGGAAACCUGUGACAAGCGCGCAAAAGCCGAGUUGGAGCGUGUCUUCAAGUCUCGCAAAUCAAAGCUGCCAGAUGCACAAAAGGAGGAGGCCAAGAAGAAGCUCAGCACUCCCAUUGAAUACCAGGGCGAACUGACGCGAUACACGUGGUCCCUGUGUUUGGCGGAUGCUGUCGAUCGAGAUCAGUUGAGGGCCUUGAAGGUACACUUCAAGAAGACCAUCGAAGAGCUAUGGCAGGUGGAAGCCUCUCAAAGCAUUGCAGAGCAACAAGCCAGGGAUCUUUUCAACCAAGAGUGGGAAGCUUUUGAGGAAGAAUGCCGAGGACGCUUCGCCAAGACUGCCAAGUCCAAGAAACAACUGGCUGAGGAGGUCUGUAUGGUGUUCAAUCACGUCCUGCGGCAACAUCGACAUGGUGACGAAGCCUUGCACGUCUUGGAACUCGUUCCCAGCAGCGGCUUGCUAUCUGCCGAUGCUUUCGCCUGGGAUAAUGUCAUGAAUUACUUGGAACUUCGCUCAGCCAGCAGGUUGCAGGAGUUCGUGGCAGCUCAACGAACCGAGAAGGGCUAUGCUCCGAGGGCGACGUCGACGAAUGAGACAGAGAUGAUUCGAAGCCAUGUGGUUCCUGAGCUUCGUCGACGUCUGCUGCCCAUGAUGGUGCUGGAGGUGGACGGCGAAAUGCCUUCGGAAGAGAAGUUGUUGGAUGCCAUGCAGCGGCUCAAUGGGGCGCUGCAGGCAGCUCCAACCCCCGGAGCUGUUUGA